UAACGAACCGAGGUUAACAUUAUAAUCGACACUAAUUUUAAGGCCGAAUAAUUAUCGACACAGUUAGUUUCGAAGGGAAUAUGAAGAUGUGGAGUAGUUUUUGCGUAGCAGCCGGAUUGCUCUUAUUUUUCAACAUGGAUGCUGUCAAUCUGGUGCCCCAAACGGACUACUGUAAAUUAAAAAACUGCCCAGCCGACAUGGAACUUCCACAUAUUGGGUGCAAUAAUGUGGGGAACUGGUCGUCACAGUGUGGAAAGGACCCAAAGAUCAUUUCCUUACCCCAGAAGUUACAGAAAUUCAUAUUGCAUUAUCACAACACAUAUCGGGAUAUUGUUGCCGGAAGCAAAUUCCACAGGUUACCCAAUGCUGCGCGCAUGCUUAAACUAAAAUGGGAUCCAGAUCUGGCGCAGUUGGCUGAGCUCCUCGUGAAACGCUGUGAUCUCCAACCCACAAAACACUGCAUUUCUACGGAAGUAUUUUCUUCUCCGGGACACCAUGUGGUGUACAACAAGUUCAAGGCGAACGAAAAUUCUUUCAGGAUAAUUAGAUCACAGCUACAUGCCUGGUACGAUCAGUAUAAGCACGUCUCCGCACCGAGUUUAUUAGAUGGAUUGUCCAGUGAUAAGAAAGAAAUUGGACACUUUCUGAGGAUGAUGGUGGGCCCAAGUAACCGAAUGGGCUGUGCCAUCGCCAGAGCCGAAAAGGAUGGAUGGACCCACCAAUGGCUAUCCUGCCUCUACAGCUGUUCACCCAAGAACCACUCACUACUCUACGAGUAUUCUGCCAAGCCCGCAAUGUUUUGCAGCAGCGGGGUUGAUGGAAAGUUUUAUCAUCUUUGCAAUGAAACGGAGCCCGUGAAAGAUUGCAAGCAUUCUGAGCUAUUUAAGGCAGUCAUAACUAACGAUACUGCAUCGAUUCUCAGGGGAAUGAUGAUCAAACAAACCCAUUCCAGAAGUGAGACGUGUGGUGUCUGCAAUAUGUGCUGCGACUUUUGGGAUAUGGCGUCAAAUUCUAUUAAAAUGGUAAAGGAUACUUUUAAUACCGCUAUCGGUGACAUGGGCGCUUUAGAAAGAGGACUUAGCGGUGUCGGUGGAGGAGACAAUGCCCAGCAAUAUCAGCAUAAUUAUAAAUAUAAAUAUCAAUAUGGUGGUGUGCAAAGCGUCCCGCAAUAUCAGCAUAAUUAUAAAUAUAAAUAUCAAUAUAAAUACAGUGGAAAAUAAUAAAACAUUUAUAAACA